AUGGCGGAGGUGGGGAGCUGCACCAUGGAGGUUUCUUCAAAUCAGCCCGACGAUGUUGUCAAGCCAGCAGCAGAGGAGAUGACGUCCAAGGACUAUUACUUUGACUCCUACGCCCACUUUGGUAUCCAUGAAGAGAUGCUGAAAGAUGAGGUGCGCACCCUUACCUACCGCAACUCCAUGUUCCACAACCGUCACCUCUUCAAGGAUAAGGUGGUACUGGACGUUGGCAGUGGUACAGGCAUACUCUGCAUGUUUGCUGCAAAGGCGGGUGCUAAGAAAGUUAUUGGGAUUGAAUGCUCCAGUAUCUCAGACUACGCCAUUAAGAUUGUGAAGGCCAACAAGCUUGAUCAUGUGGUUACUAUAAUAAAGGGAAAGGUGGAAGAGGUGGAGCUGCCAGUCGAAAAAGUUGAUAUAAUCAUCAGUGAAUGGAUGGGAUAUUGCCUUUUCUACGAGUCUAUGCUAAACACCGUCAUCUAUGCUAGAGACAAAUGGCUGACACCAGAUGGGCUGAUAUUCCCCGACCGGGCCACUCUGUAUGUAACUGCCAUUGAAGACCGACAGUACAAGGACUACAAGAUUCACUGGUGGGAGAAUGUGUAUGGGUUCGAUAUGGCCUGCAUAAAAGAUGUGGCAAUUAAGGAGCCUCUGGUGGAUGUCGUUGAUCCCAAGCAACUUGUUACCAAUGCUUGCUUGAUUAAGGAAGUGGACAUCUAUACUGUCAAAGUGGACGACCUGACUUUCACAUCUCCUUUUUGUCUGCAAGUGAAACGCAACGACUACAUUCAUGCGUUAGUGGCCUACUUCAACAUAGAGUUCACACGUUGCCAUAAGAGGACUGGUUUCUCGACAAGUCCGGAAUCUCCAUACACCCACUGGAAGCAGACCGUUUUCUACAUGGAAGACUACUUAACUGUAAAAACGGGCGAGGAGAUAUUUGGCACAAUUGGAAUGAAACCAAAUGCCAAGAAUAAUCGGGACUUGGAUUUCACAGUGGACCUGGAUUUCAAAGGACAAUUGUGUGAAGUGUCAUGCUCCACAGAUUACAGAAUGCGUUAA